AUGGAGACUGCACCCCCCGCGGCUUCCCUUUCAUCGCCUCUGUCUGCCGAUUUUGCAUGUGGCGCCGGCGAGACGCGUGCAAGACGCCCUGCCUCUCUGGUGAGCUUGUCGGACUUUUCGCGCCUCGUCGGCAUUUCACACUUUGUCGCGGGAGACCCUGCGGAUUGCGGUGCCUCGGCGGCAGCGGAGGGCGAGGGAGCCCGGCGGCUGCAGGCGCCGCAGAAGGGCCUCGCCGCGGAGGAGACAGAAUGGCGGCCUGUCGCCCCCUCAGAAGCAACCUGCGCUGGCGAAGGGUUCCGCGGCUCUCUAAAGACACUCUUCGAAGAUUUCCAGGUGUACGAACACUCCGAAUUCCCCUGUGUCUGCCUGGCGGCUGAGCGACUCUGUCCGCGGUGUCAGUCGGGCGUGGAAGAUCCCCGCAGACUUCCCCUCUCCUCGCCUUCUUCGCCGUCGCCCGCCGGAGACGUCCGGGAGAGUGAGGGGGAUGCGAGGCUCGCGGAGCCCUGCAGCUUUGGUUGCUGGUGCAAGGCCUUCGGCGCGAAUGCAGACGACAGCCCGCUGCGUCUGCCCUUCCUCGUGGACGCCCACCGCAUGCGCAUGAAGCGACAGCGACAGGAGCUCGCGGAAGCUGGCGGACUACACAUCUCCCCGUUCUUUCGCCUCACGCCCGGCGCGGCAGGCGAACGCGAGGGAGGGAACGGCGGCGAGAAAGAGGCGGCUGACGUGAACGGCACAGACGAAGCGGCGCGCGAGCUCCCGCAGAAGGGGGGGGGGAGGCGGCGCCUGCAGGGAGAGGGCCAGAAGGCGUGUCGUGUCUUUCUGAGUUGGAGAUUCAGAAUGUCGAGGCCUUCGUCAAGAGCCUCGCGUACUGCGCGGAGGCGUACAGACAGCACGUCGCUGAGGCGCCUCUUCAGAGGCGCGCCCCCCGCCGGCGAGCGUGGCGCGGGAGGCAGAAGACGCGAUGCAUGCAGAGGCUGCCGAGGGCCAAAACCCGAGGGAUGCCCAGGAUCUUGA